UUCAUCAGGAUCGAGGCAGUGAACGAAGAGCAGACCUUGCGCGGAAUUGCAUCCAGCGGAUACCGUCCCGUCUUGUAUCCAUACGAUACACAAUUACGUGUACCUUACCGUUAUCAUACGGAACCAACUGAACUUUCAUACUUCCUAAUCCACCAACUGCUCGACAACCCAUUUUGGAAACAUCCACCGUGGGCACAGAGGACGCUACUAUAUUACCACCUUGUCCCCUGUUACUGGCUUGGUCUAUCGUCUCAAUCGCAUAAGAUCAUCGUCAAUUUUAAUCCCCUUGACAUUCAUUCCUCCGGUCCUUGUGAAUCUAUACAAACACCUCUUCUACUUUAUCCACUAUACAGAUCCUCACUCUCUACACUGCCAAGCUAUCGCAUUCUUCAUAGCUUCAAAUACAGUGCAAUGGCUCCUCGACCUGCGCUCUAUCCGCUCAAGACACCGAAAGGAGUAUCUUUCCCUUCUGAACUUCAAGAUGACCAGCCUUAUGGGUCAGACACCAGUCAACAAGACGCAGACAAUGGGCCUUCCGUACUACCACCCCGGGCAUAUACAGAGUUUCUUCGCGCAUUAAGCCCUGUAUAUGCAGGACCAGAAGGCCUCAAUGCGAGCUAUACAAGAUGGGUCUUGAGCAAGACUCUGCCCUCUCCUGUCUCGUUGCCUUCAACCGCCAGCACCUCGUCUUUUCCCGGAAACAUUGAGACGAAGACGAGCCCAACUUCUAUUCCGCCAUCCCCAGUUGCUUCCUCUCGACCUGUGAGAAGCUCCAGCACCUUACGACGUCUUCGCCCGUUGUCAAGUUAUCCAUACUCCCCCAUUACCGCCGAGUCGCCUCAGAGUCCGUUCACCGUACGAACUCCAUAUUCCCCCGCAGACCGGAGGACAAUGAGCAUCGACACAACAAAUGCAGGCGGCGGGAAAACUGUUACCAUCCAACAUAUUGUCACACGUACGGUCACUUUGAAGCGCACGCCUCCGCUCGAGGCGCCACCCAAAGGCAAACGCCGCAGAACCAGCGACUCUGAAGAGCAGUAAACCUGCCUGCUUUGCCACAGUCACGAUCAUAUUUCGACAGAUCGAUGCCACUUUUUACGCUUUGGAGUUCUUGAAUGAUUGCUUUUCUUGCCCUUUCUAUUCGGUUGUAUGCUUGUAUUCUGGGUUGCAAUGAUUUGGUUUUCUUUUUGUCAUGCAUUAUCAAGUUCUAAGCUCUAUGACGACCGCUAGACACACGCGCAUCCAGAUCCUGGCGAUUAGGAUUGCAAACAAACAGGUGAUGAGGUUUGGAGUUGGGGUAUUUGCAUGGUAUCUUGUUCUCAUCAGGAAACGCCGUGUUUCUUUGCGGCUGCUUCGAGAUGAAUCAAUAAUGGUCUUUAUUGUGGGCCGGGGGGAGGGCGUGCUGGGGCCCUUGGCGUUAGUUGUCUGACUCGGGUCUUAAAGAACCAAUGGAAUUGAACAUAUCGCUAAAGCAUGUUGUUGAUUAUGUUUGAGCCAAUGAGACUGCAUA